CACAAAACUAUUAUCAAAGUAAAGCCGAGCAAGAACAAGCAAGAAUCAUCUUAACUUUUAGAAUUAAACGAGAAGAAAUGUUUAUCCUCAGCCGCAAAAUCCAGAAGAUCAAAUAAGGGAUCAACUCAGAAAGGCAAUGAAGUUAAUGACUCUUGUCUGCUUAAUAAAAAGUUAGUUGCUUGAGCACAAAAUCUUAAAAAGCAUGCUUCUCGCCAAAACUCAAAAGAAAGACCAAAAGUAUUCUUCUCAAGGAGACCAUCAAAGCAUCUUAAAAGACAAACAGCCAUUUCAAAAGAGCCUCAAGACUAUCCCAACGAUCAAACAUUAACAUCAGGUAGACAGACACAAACAAUAUCCCCGAAGACACCCUCAACAUCACCCUCAACUCCAUCCCAGACUCCCUCAACAGUUCUGACUACUUCAAUCGUGAAAGCCUCCAAAACCUUCCAAGCCACCUAUACCUCCAAAACCGCGACCACUUCCUCCGCCCCAGCCACCCCAAAACUCUGUUCUAAAAACGACCAACUAUUCCGAACAAAUCCCAGCUCUUCUUCAAAAAUAAAUCCCAUUUUUAACAGCUACAUCAGACAUAUAAAGACAGGCCUGAGCUCUCGGAGGUCAUCCAAAUCUGCCUUGGGGAUGACAGUAUUGAGCCAGCCCCACAAAGGCAGUCGGAAUAUUGCCUUAAAAUCAAGCCUCACUUCAAAAAUUACACAAUCUUUUCAAAAGAAUUCACGCAAAAAGAAGGGGAAAAUUAAGACCAAAAGAGUAAGCCUCGCACUCUUGAGAUCCGAAGAGAAGUUAAUAAUUUUUAGAAAUCAUUUACCAAAUAAACGAGAAAUCUUGACUGACAAACUCUCUAAUAAGCUGAAUUCUAUAUAUUUCAAAUACUACAAAUCAGGUUAUGAGCCUUAUGAUAAAGAAAGGGAGGAAAGCCAAGAGAGAUCAUCAAGCAAGAUGUUUACUCCUAAACGUUCUAAAAAGUCUAUAAAAAAGCGUAGAUCAAGCAAGAAAGUUACUAACCCAAAGCAUGCGAGUGGGAAGUUAACUUCCAAGCUUAAAAGUGUGAUCAAAACCCUGAACAAAUAUGAAAAUUCUCUCCGUAGUGAGAGCCAAUAGGGAUGAGAAGGCCUCUCAAACUUCUGGC